UUUUUAUGUUUAUUUAUCUUUGUGGUUGUUUUUUUGCUAGGCAGCCUGUUAUUAACUAUUAUUAACUAUUUCUUUAAAAAGACAGCAAUAUCCUUAAAACAUGCAGCUUUUCUUAAAUAUAGUGCACUUUUUUUUUGGUGGGGGGCAGAUAUGUUAUGCAUAUAUUUUAUCAUAAACAAUAACAUUGGACUUUUGUGUGUAUCCCAGUCGGUACUCACAAAGACUUAAUCCAUCAGACAAAGGGCAGGCCAUAAUUAGCACAAUUGAUUUCAACUGACAAGAAAAGCUCUGCAAGUCUAUUUGAUGUGUGUUUGUGUGUGAGCACACACAUGUCUUACUCUGGCAUCAUGGCAUUGAGGUCCUGUUCAACCUCUAUCACUGCUCAUUAACAAUUCAGCUUCUUCCAUCACACCGCACACACACUUAUGCACACACUCACACACACUAAUAAUGAUAUCCCAUUACAGGUAUUGAUCCAUACCAUUUGUGCUAUGCCCGUCACCCGACUCCUCUGGAGUCCCACACUCUACUCCUCGCAACCCCUUUCUUUCUACUCAUCCCUUAUUUUUUCCCUCCAUCUGAGCAUUUUUAUCUAGGCCAAAUAAGAAUUUUAUUUGCAUUUGUUGUUAUAAAAGGACAGUUCACCCAAAAAUGAAAAUUCUGUAAUUAUUUACAUAAUUUGUUUAUUCCCAAACCAGUGUGACUUCCUUUCCUCUAUGGAACACAAAAGAUGUUAGGCAGAAUGUUAGCCUCAUUUACCAUUCACUUGCAUUACAUUGUGUUUUUCCAUGUAAUGAAAGUGGAUGGUGACAGAGAUCUCCUUUUGUGUAUUUACAAAGUCACAAAGCAACAAAUACAUUUUAAUCUUUGGGUGAAAUGGGGUCUGGGUAGCUCAGUGAGUACUGAUGCUGACUACCACCCCUGGAGUUGCAAGUUCAAAUCCAGGGUGAGCUGAGUGAUUCCAGCCAGGUCUCCUAAGCAACCAAAUUGGCCCGGUUGCUAGAGAGUGUAGAGUCACAUGGGUUAACCUCUUUAUGGUCGCAAUUAGUGGUUCUCGCUCUCAAUGGGGCGCGUGGUAAGUUGUGCGUGGAUCGCGGGGAGUAGCAUGAGCCUCCACAUGCUGUGAGUCUCUGCCCUGUCAUGCACAGGGAGCCACGUGAUAAGAUGCAAGGAUUGACUGUCUCAGAAGUGGAGGCAACUGAGACUUGUCCUCUGCCACCCGGAUUGAGGUGAUGUCUCAGUAGAGCCCUGGUUUCCUUCAGCUCCCUCUGGUCACAGAGCCCUGCAACUGUAUCCCCCUGCUUGAUCCAAAAUGGCUACCACCAAAAGCGGCUACGAGGGCAAGAUAGCCGGCCUGUAUGACCUGGACCGCACACUGGGCAAAGGCCAUUUCGCCAUGGUCAAACUAGCCCGUCAUGUUUUCACAGGCCAGUUAGUUGCAGUCAAAGUCAUCGACAAGACCAAGCUUGACGACUUGGCGACUGGCCACCUGCUCCAAGAAGUCCGUUGCAUGAAGCUAGUCCAGCACCCCAACGUUGUGCGACUGUACGAGGUUAUCGAUACACAAACCAAGCUCUACCUUAUCUUGGAGCUGGGCGAUGGAGGUGACAUGUACGAUUACAUCUUGCGCCAUGAAGGUGGUGUGGCCGAAGACACAGCGAAAGUGCACUUUGCACAGAUCGUACGAGCCAUAGCCUACUGCCAUCGUCUGCAUGUUGUGCACCGGGAUUUGAAGCCGGAGAAUGUUGUUUUCUUCAGGCAACAGGGGACGGUGAAACUCACAGAUUUUGGGUUCAGUAACCAUUUUCAGCCCGGCACCAUGUUGAUGACCAGCUGUGGCUCGUUAGCGUACUCUGCCCCAGAAAUACUUCUAGGCGAAGAGUAUGACGCUCCUGCAGUGGAUAUCUGGUCACUGGGUGUGAUCCUCUAUAUGCUGGUAUGUGGACACCCACCCUUUCAAGAGGCCAAUGACAGUGAGACCCUCAUCAUGAUCAUGGACUGUCGUUACACUGUACCCAGCCAUGUCUCUCCAGAAUGCAAAGAUUUGAUUUCCCGUAUGCUACAAAGGGACCCUGCUAAGCGGGCAUCUCUCACUGAGAUAGAGGGCCACACUUGGCUGCAGGGUGUUGACCCAUCGCCCGCCGGGUGCACAGCUGCCCCGCUCACCUCUCACCGCAGUUUGUUGCCUGAGGAGCACGAGUUCAUACUGCAGGCCAUGGCCAGUGGCAACAUUGCUGAUCGAGAUGUCAUCCAGGAAGCACUGGAGGCAGACAGAUAUAACCACAUCACAGCCACUUACUACUUGCUGGGGGAGCGACUCCUCCGAGAAAAACAGGAACAGACCAGUAUCACUCCUGAACAAAGACAUGCACAGAGGCCCAUGUCUGAUCCACUGGACUUGGUGAACCAAGCACCCCGGGCUGAUACAAUGAGAGGGGCCCACCUGGGUCCAUUGGCACCCCUCGGUGAUCUGUCCUCUGGUUACACCCGGAGGGGUGUGAGCGAGUCCGGGGACCUGCUGGCUCCCAAACCCAACCGUCAUGAUAACUCCUUCAGUGACUUUUGUAGCACAGCUCCAUGCUUGAAUCUCAGCUUGCGCCCUCUACCUCCAGACCAACCUACUGUCAAGAGCCUUGGAGCCUUACAGCAGAUCUGUGAGGAAGAAGAGGAUGAGGAGGAUGAGAAGGAGCAGAACAGGGACGAGGCAAAGCUUAAGGUGGUACCCAGUAUGCCAGGUCCACUUCCUUCAACAGAUCUCUCUUUGAAACCUUCUAGAACAUCUUUGCAAUCAGAGACCCCAAGUAGAACAGGGAAGCCAAAAAGUAAAGUGAUGGGAAACUGUGAAACUCUGGCCGAGGAGGAGGAACUUGAGGAAGGGGUGGAGGGCACAGAAAAGCAGGUGAAGCUUUUCGAUUCAGAGUCUAACUUUGCUGCAGUCACUGUGGAACAUCAAGAGGAAAAACCUCCAAAGACUGAAACCCAUGUGGAAAAGAUCAACCAUACUGAGCAACCAAAUAGAACAAGGGACAAGAGUGUUUUCACCCAACCGAGCAUGUCUUUAGAUGAGCAUAAUGGACAACAGAUUCAAGGUCCAAAUAUCGAUGGACCUCCUCCAGCUCCCAGACUGGAUGUUGUACAGUGCUGCUGGGGACAGCGGGAACCUUCAAAGGACACAAUAGAAAACAACAAUAACACCCUAGCCAAAUCCAGGCUUCUUGAGGUUGGGGUAGUGUCAACUCCUUGCAGUUCCCCAAGGUCCCUACCAAGGAAUCACUGUGUAGAUCUGGGUCCAGAUGGGGUGGAAAUGCGUAAGACUGGGGGUGAAGUUGAGAAACCAGAAGAAGCCCAGCCCAAACCCCAGAAAGGUGUUCACAGCCCAAGAGACACAAGCACUGACACUGCUAUCCGAGCCGACCCCAGCAAGGUCAAGAACGUGAACUUGCGGGAACGUCUACUACAGUUCCCACUCUGUGAGAAAGCCUUGUCCUUCAACAUCCAGCCCACUUCUAAAGAGAAGCUCCUUCCCUUUGCCCAGUACAACUGCUGUCAUGUGUUGUAGAGAGGAAUGCAAAGAAAGAAUGAACUGGCAUCACUGGCAGUGUGACUUGCAAUUUAAUUUAUUUGACUUGUUAGCGUGAACCCCAUUAAAGUCCUCUACAACUGUCCAGAGUUGUAUAGACACUAAAAGACGAAGAGUGUGAUCGCACCUCAUACUGUAACCUCAGAGGUGCUUUGCCUCACAAUUUACUUAUUAUACAUCUCUAUUUUCUUUCCUUAACCAGAAUUCCCUGCUGCUUUCCUGUAAGACAGUUAUCCUCUUAAGGCCAAAGUAUACUUUGGUUUUCUGCAUGCGCUACGUCUCGAUCAGUGUGCAUGAUGCAAAUUCCGUCUUUAGCACUGAACGUGCACACUGUCCAAGUGUAGCCCAGGUUUUUUAGGCAAGCGGACAGUCUGCAUCUGUGCAUCAUCUGUACAUGUGCCUUGUGUUGACUGUACUAAAGAGUAUCACAAAGAAGUCAUAGUGUGCAUGGGCUUGUGGUCAAAAUAGGACUCUUUGAAAGGCUAGAGCAUUCAACCAUGUGUGAGACGUAACAGCACGCAGAAAAACAAAGUGUACCCUAGCUUUUAGAAAUGCUGUGUAUAUGAACACCUGUAUCUACUGACACUGCUCACUAUAUACUCUGCCAUCUCAGAGACUUUUCUUAGAACUAGAGUAUGUCUUGCCAGCAUAGGAGCUUUAAUUCAAUAUCUUGUCAUUUUGCACUGUAAUUGCUUCACCACAUUAGAGUACCACCCUGUUUUUAUAAGUGAUGAUGCAUCAUCGAACAAGGGGGUUCGAAGACCACGCUUCACAGUGAAACUUAACAAGCCGGAUUUGGCUACAAGAAGAUCAAGUGGGAUGACAUAGCCAUCUAUUUGUUGACAAUUAUGGAAUCAGUUUCAUCAUGUUUGGUUUGUUUACAUUUUCAGGGGGGCUGUGAAGCAAGGUUCUUCUUGGCACUCGCUCAAUUUUUAUAGAAGUUGCAUGUCCGUGGGACUGCAUGUCCUGCACCAUGGCCUUGUGUGGAUGUGUUUGUUAGUUAGCAUCUUUACCCUCAGGCUGUGGUGCAGCAAGCAGAACGGUUGGCCACGUUGAUACAGUGAACAGUGACAGUUUGAGAGCAUGGUUUUGAGAGCAUGCUUAAUCAGAACAGCUUAGCUUAGCAUCCACAUUCAGCUGAGGGUUGACCAGGGAAAGACGUUAAGUAUAUCUGUGAUAUAUUUUCAAAAAAACAAAAAGAGGUCUUGAACAGAGAUUAUUCUGAGAUUAUUGGGAGAGACAUUUCAUGAAAAGGACAUAUUAUUACAUGACAAUGUAAGACUGGUCUUCCUAGAGCUAUAUAUUGGAGUUUGUUUUAAAACUGCUAAUUCUUGGAAAUAGUAUGAAUCUUUUAUCAAGUGAUAGAGUGUUAUCAAGGGUUUGUAGAAAACGUGAAAAAAAAACAUCUUUUUUACAUGAGAUAUGUGAGGGGGAUAAAUUACAUAACAUUUGAACUUCUGUUUUUGUUUAAUCAUCUGCCUCUGUGCACAUAUAACAUUUGUUGUAAUGGGAUAACCUCAUAUCCAGUCAUGUACAGUGUGUAUUUAUUCCUUUGAACUUAUGCUAUUGGUUUGUAUUUUUACCCUCACUUAGCAUACAUGCUAACCAACCAUUUCAACCCUUCUACUUUAGGUAUUAUCAAAUGAAGGCAGUGACUUUUAUGACACUAAUGUCAUUACAGAGAAAUAUGGAAAGGGUCUACAGUAUAUAUAAAUGUCCUGUACUUUCUGUCAUAGCUGUUGUAAAUACUUUUGAGGAAUAUGCUAACUUGAUGCUAAAUAGCAUAGCUGAGCCUAGCUUAAAACUUACUUUAAGAAAAUCCAGCCUUCGAAUGUUGCUAUGGCAUGACUGAAGCUAAUGGUUACCAUUGUUUUACCUCUAAAUAGCCUAAACACAUCACAUAAACAUUUAUAUAGGAGAUUUUACUGUAAUAAAUGUUACUUUGGUACUCCAAAGGACGUUGAAGCUAUAUCACACUAUAUAUAGUGCACCAAAGUCAUCAGUUUGUGAAAUACUUCUGUCACAUAGUCAGUUUAUGUGCAAAUGUCUUGCAGUUUUUUUCUGUUCAAUAUCUCGGACCACAGAUAAGCUUGACCAAAAGCACAAAAACAGAUUUAAUGAAAUGUAGAAGGUGCUUUGUCAAGAGAUAGGCCUUUAUAGACAAAUUUCAUAUGAAUAUUUCCGGUUACAGCUAAAAUGAGUAUUCUGCCACUAGUACACACCAGUUAUAAUAUGUAGUCACAAAAGCUGAGGAUCUAGGAUCAGGUUUCUCCAUUCCUAUUGUCACGCUUAACAGAAAAUACUGAUCUAGGAACAGCAAUUCUGACAAGAAAUAAUUAGUGAGCCCUAUGGACCAAUCAGAUGUAAAAAGUUGACAUGCACUGUGUUUUCAUAAUUUUUUUUUCCUUGUAUGCAUUUUGUUUAUCAUUUGACAUGAGUCUCCAUCCUUUCCAAGCAGUUGUAAUCGCUUCAUGGCAAUAGUCAGAUUUGGCUUUGUCUAUAGUCCCAUUUACCCUUACUAAAACUAUGACUGUGUCUCAAUGAGAUUAAUUUAUUUUUAUAUUUAUUUAUUAAAACUGAUUAAACUGCCAUUCGUGUCUUUGUAUUUUAUUUAUUUUGAAAGAAAGAUACUGUUAAAGUGAUAUUUAACUCUAACUGGUAUUUAUUAGUGCACAAAUCCACAGUGAAUCCAUCUUGGUUACAAUAUAAUUUUUGUGUGGUUAACUUUAUGCCUUUCUUUGUAUUUUGUGGUCUCAAUCUAGAGCCAUUCAAUGCCCCAGACAGCAUUGGAUGUUUAUUUCAAGGGCACUUACAUCACUAGAUAUUUGUAUAGCAUGUUUAGUGAAUCCAGCAUUUUUUUUAUACCAUCAAAAUGAGUUGCAAGCACAUGAAGCACAUGGUCAGUUAUGAAAUGAUGAAUGCAACCAAAUAAAAGUCAAAUACAUUCAUCACAAUAUUUUAAAACAAAUCUACAAGAGUAAAAAAAAAAAAAAACAUACAAAAAUGUGCAAACAAACCAACAGCAACAUAACUUUAAAAAAAAAUAUAUAUUAUAUACCACAGUGUUGUCAAGAUAAGCAACACAUAAAUACAGCACUAUAUGUGUCCUUGUUUGCAUAAGUCAUAAUUUAACAUAUUACUUCACCUCCGCUUUAUAAUAGAUAUAACGGGGCCAUAACAUAGACACUGAGGGGGACACAUCACCCUCAACAUUCAGAUUAGUGGUUUACUAAUAGGUGUUUUUCAGUUAUUGAUUGUUUAAUUACAUUUGGUUCCUCAAGGGUGCCACUGAUAUAGACGAAUAUUAAGGUUGGGUCCAAUACCUUGUAGAGUAAACUGUAAAAGCUGUCAUUGGUAAACUAGACCAUAUGGUACAUUAACAAGCUAAUUAUACAGUUGCUCAUUUAUAUGGGUUUACAGACAUGCAACAAAGCAUCU